CCCUUUCCCUUCCAGUUCCGAAGCGCAUGGACGGGCUGCGUGCCGUGGACGUGAUGACAGUCCUGCACGAGAAGGUGGCGUACCUGUCCGGGGGGCGCGACCAGAGAUCCGGUCCCAUCCUAACCUUUCCUGCCAGUACCCGCAGGGAACGUCUCAAGCAUGACGACUACCGUCCCUUAAUCCAGUACCUCAUGCAGAUACCAAGUGACGAAGUACGUGAAAUAGGCUUCACAGUGAUAAUUGACAUGCGGGGGUCCACAUGGAACACGGUCAAACCCAUCCUGAAGGAGCUCCACGAAAGCUUUGCGCAACAUAUUUAUAUAGUCCAUAUAGUCAAGCCAGACAACUUCUGGCAGAAGCAACGAACCAGUAUAGGAAGUCAUAAGUACAAGACAAAUUUAAUCAGCGUGGAGACGUUGGCCAAGACGAUAGACCCGAGCCAGCUGACGAGCGACUUCGACGGCACGCUGCCCUACGACCACAACACGUGGAUCGAGCUGCGGCUGGCGAUCGAGGACUUCACGUGGCAGGCCAAUGAGCUCGUCGACCAGCUGGAGGAUGUCAGGGACGAGCUGCAGCAGAGCGACUUCGCGGACGACGUCAGCGGCGCCAAGCGGGCUAUCGAGCGCCACAAAGAGAUGCAUCAGAAAGUUACCGGUAGUUUAGUGCACGACUUGGAUAUGCUGGGUCAGAGACUUUUACAAAGAUUAAACUGUGAUGAAGGUAACGGCUAUGACUCGGGCUAUUCCGGCCGAGACAGUGCGUCCAGCCUGAUACUCAAUAAUCCGGAUUUCCAAAACAGUAUUCCACAGAUUCUGAAUUUGACGGAGUCGGUCCACCAGGCGCAGCAGCACGUUCAGCAGCUGUGGCAGCACAAGAAGAUGAGGCUUGACCAGUGCUUCCAGCUCAGACUUUUUGAACAGGACGUCGAGAAGAUGUUUGAUUGGGUGUACCACAACCGUGAAGAGUUCCUAGUCAACUACGUAGAAAUAGGUCAUUCUUACCAAGUAUCCAAAGAUCUUCAGGAGGCUCAUUCUCAGUUCACCGUUGCCUGUCAGAAAGUGUAUAUGAACAUCAAUAGAAUACUUAGUGUGGCAUCAAGACUCAUGGAAAGUGGUCACUAUGCAGCCCAACACAUCGGCAAUGUAGCAUCUAAACUGGAUCAGGUUUGGAAAGAGUUUGCUGCAGGUCUGGAUGAAAGAUCAUCUGUGUUGGCUCUCUCGGUCAUGUUUCACCAGAAAGCAGAACAGUAUAUUGAAAGUGUGCCAACAUGGGUAGACAACUGCAAACUGACGGCAUUACCUUCCGACAUCCAUACAUUGGAGUCGUCAAUCCACCACCACCAGUCACUCUAUGAGACCAUGUGCCAGGCGUACACGGAGGUUCACAGUACCAGCAAGAAACUCCUCUACCAGCUAGACCACCUGGUGCAAAUUUGUAGCCAGCUGAGGCGCGAUGGCCAAAUGCGCAGCAAGCACAAGAAGCCCCGGGGAAAGCCAUCAGCCUAUUCUGUGACGCCCGACGGCAAGGUGGUGUAUCGAGGGGGCCCACAGCAGCAACGGGGCCCGGGGACGAGUGGAAAUCCAGCCGCUGAUUACUCUGAAGGUGCUAGUCAUGUCCUGGCGGUCAUUCACGAAAUCUUGGCGCACCACCGAGCUGUGGAGCAGAGGUGGUCAGCCAAGAAGCUCAAGCUACACCAAAGAUUGGCACUCAGGCUGUUUCAGGAAGAUGUCAAGCAGGUGCUGGAUUGGCUGCAGACCCAUGGUGAGGUAUUCUUACGGAAAAACCCGGGCAUUGGACGUAAUAUUGCAAAAGCCAGAAUGUAUCAGAAGAGCCAUGAGCACUUUGAAAACGUUGCCCAGAAUACUUACACGAAUGCAGAGAAAUUGUUGCAAGCAGCAGAAGAGCUUGCACAUACAGGAGAAUGCAAUCCAGAAGAGAUAUAUAGUGUGGCCCAAACACUUGACUCACACAUUGCCAGCUUUGCAGCGAGGGUCCAGCAGCGACAUCGGCUGCUCAACAUGGCUGUCUUGUUUUAUACUCAUGAGAAGGAGCUUUUAUCAUGGCUGGAGGAGCUGAGUACAGAACUAGAGAGUGAAGAAGGUGUUGACGAGGCUGCAGAUUCAGUAGAGGCGUCUGAGAGAAUGUUGGCUCAGAUGACCACACAACAAGACUCCACCCUGGAUGCAUGUGUCUCCACUACUCACGAGGGAGAGGGGCUCCUUAAUGAACUCAGGUCAGCAAGUGUAACUGCCGACUCAGGAUGUGGCUCUGUAGAGGGGGUAGAGGAAGCCCUUGAGCGACUAGUCAAGAAACGAGAUGAAUUAGAAAGCCUUUGGGCCACGCGGAAGCUCCGCCUCGAUCUCUUGCUUCAACUGAGACUGUUCCAGAGAGAUGCUGUGGAGCUCCUAAGCCAGUUAGACUUGUGGGCUGAGGAACUUCAGAACACAGAGUUUGGGCGAGACAUCACCGAAGCUGAACAAAUGCUUGCCCUGCACAAUGACUCCACAUCACACAUGCAAAAUGGCACUUACCAGGUCAUGCAGAGUGGUCAGGAACUUCUACAGUUGCUAGAGACAUCAGGUAUCCAGAUCCGUGCUGAUGCUGAGUCUGACGGCACCACCAAGGUCUCCAUGCUCCUAGAGUGCAUCAGAGAGCGGCAGAUGGACGUGGAAGUGCUGGUAGACAUGAAGAGAGUUAAGCUGGAGCAGUGCAUCCACUUGCUGCAGUUUGAAAAUGAAGCCAACCAGGUGAUAAGCUGGAUAAGGAAUGGAGAGGCUGUACUGGCAGCAAGUUUCACCAUUCCAAGCUCUCUUGCCGAGUCAAAUGCAUUAUCUCAUGACCAUGAGCAGUUCCAGGUUGCCAUAGAAAAAACCCAUGCUGCAGUGGUGCAGACUCGGCAACGUUCUUCAGCUCUUCUAAUGGCAAAGCAUUACAGUCCAGAACAAGUCAUGGAAAUAGAAUCUAAUGUCACAAAGAGAUGGGAAAAGCUUGUUACUUGUGCUGAGGAUAGGUACAAGCUAGUCCAGGCAUCGAUCACAUUUUAUAAGACAGCUGAGCAAGUAUGCUCUGUACUGGAAAGCCUUGAACGAGACUACCGCCGUGAUGAGGAUUGGUGUCAGAAGGAAGUGCCACCGCCAGGCACCAGUGUCAGUCAGGGAGAUAAACAGCAGGAUCAGCAGCAGCAAGGGACUGGCCAGGGAGGGCAGGCAGGCUCAGACCGGGCUGCUGGAAUCUCACUUAUCAUAAAUAAGCAUCAGGAGCAGAAGGAAGGCUUCCUGAAAGCUUGCACCUUGGCCAGACGAACCGCCGAGACCUUCCUGAAGUACGCCAACCGAUCUCAGCAUUAUUACAGCAUGAAGGGUGAUGUGGGAUUACGAGGGCCGGAGGCUAAAGUGAGAGGCAUUCUAGAGAAUCUCAUGGCUCAAGAAAACAAGGUGCUUGACCACUGGACCCAAAAGAAGAAGAAACUGGACCAGUGCCAGCAGUAUGUAUUGUUUGAGGGAUCAGCCAAGCAAGCAUUAGACUGGAUAAUGGAGACAGGAGAAAUGUACCUGUCCACUCACACAAGCCUGGGAGAAACCAAAGAGGAAACAGAGAAGAUUUUGAAAGAACAUAAUGAAUUCAAAGGAACAGCGAAGGACACAAGGGAACGUGUAAAGUUACUGUUGCUCCUGGCUGACUCCUUGGUUGAGAAAGGCCAUGCACAUGCAGCAGCCAUCAAAGACUGGGUUGCUCGUGUUGAUCAGGCCUACAAGAACUUCUCGGGUCGCAUGGAUAAGUACCGCAUGCAGCUAGAGAGCAGAUUAGGAAUCCAGAGUGAGGAUAGUAAAGCCUCUCUUUCCUUAGAUCGUCACAGUGAUCCUUCUCUUGAAAACAAAGUUCAUGCGGUUGUUACUGUGGCAAAUAAGGAAAUGAGUGAGGAAAAACGUAAAUCUGCCAGAAAGAAGGAACUCAUCAUGAGGGAAUUGUUGCAGACAGAAAGAGUGUAUGUCAAAGAUCUGGAAGUAUGUACAAAGACAUACCUCUUUGAGACACGACAACCCUCCGCCCCAGGUGGGCUUCAGGGCAAAGAUAGCAUCAUCUUCUGCAAUAUGGAGGAGAUCCUAGAAUUCCACAAGAACACAUUCCUCCAAGAGAUUGAGAAGUACCAGUGCAUGCCAGAGGAUGUUGGCCAUUGCUUUGUGACUUGGGCCCCUCAAUUUGACAUCUAUGUGAAAUACUGCAAAGCACAGCCAGAGUCCAAUCGCAUGCUAGUCAGCCAUGCCGGGACCUUCUAUGAAGAAGUUCAACGCAAGCACAAUGUUGAACACCCCAUUCCUGCGUACCUGAUCAAGCCAGUUCAGCGCAUCACCAAGUAUCAACUUUUAUUGAAAGAAUUGCUCUCGUGUUGUGAAGAUGAAAACCAAGGGGAAAUCAAAGAUGGUUUAGAAGUUAUGCAAAAUGUUCCAAAGAAGGCGAAUGAUGCCCUCCACUUAUCCAUGCUUGAUGGCUGUGAUGUUCCAACAGACUCCUUGGGAGAAGUCAUUCUGCAAGAUACCUUCCAGGUGUGGGACCCUCGCCAGCUUAUCAGAAAGGGUCGAGAGCGGCACAUUUUCCUCUUCGACUUGUACCUGUUAUUCUGCAAAGAAGUUCGUGAUCCUAGUGGCAACAAGACCAAAUAUGCAUAUAAACAGCGACUGGUUACAUCUGAGCUGGGUGUAACAGAGCACAUUGAAGGGGAUGAGUGUAAAUUUGCUGUGUGGACAGCUCGCACAGGAGUUAGUGAUGGCAAGAUGAUUUUGCGAGCCAACACCCUGGAAGUGAAACAGACGUGGGUGAGGAAGCUAAGAGAAGUGAUACAGGAGACUUAUCUCAGCUCAGCUCUUCCCCUUACUCCUGCAAAGUCACCGGCCAAGACGCCAAAGCAAAACAGAGCCAGCAGGGACUUGGAGGAAUCCAUCGACGAGAGUGCGGAGAACACAGACCGCAACUCAUUGGCAUCGUACUCGUCCUCGAAUACAGACUCCGAUAAGGGCUCCGGCGAGGUCACGUGGGUGCUGGAGGACUGGGCGGGUUCGGGUCCGGGCGAGAUCGCGUCCGUCACCCGCGGCCAGCAGGUGGAGCUGCUCGACCCCCCGCCCUCCUUCCCGCACGCCCGCGACCCGACGGAAUGGGCGUACGUCAGGCUGUCCCACGCCCACGACCAGGAGGGACUCGUGCCCGUGGCGCUGCUCAGGCAGCCGCCGCGGCACACCCGCGCCGACCUCGAUCUCUCAGGUGAGGGUGUGAGCUGCAGCGAGCGGCCUGAUGACGUGUCUCCCCAGGAGGGCGUGGCGGGGAGCGCGGGUGAGGGCGUGGGUGGGACCGCCCCCUCGGGCGGUGGCUCCUCCCCCGUCACCAAGCGGAAGGGCUUUUCCAGGUGGGCGGAGGUGCCGACAUGGGAAACAAAGUGGGGGGCCAGAGUCAGUCGGAGGAGGAGACGGAAGUGGUUGUCCCUGCGGCCCGUGUGCCUCCUCUCUCAGCUCAUCCAGGUGGAGCGCCAGGCACCAGCAGGUCGGUGUCUGUAGAGAAUGGAGAAGAAGGAGAACUGGAGGUUGAGCUUCCUCCUCCCAUGAAGGUGAUGAACCAACCCAUGACUGCCGUGGCUGCCCAGGUGGCACCCGGUGCCAACACAGCAGCCUCAGGUCCACCUCACUCUCCAUUAGACAACAUCUUGCCCGAUGUCACCAACAGGUCUUCAAGUGUGUCCCUGAAAGCGGCGGAGGGCAGCACCACGGACCUGGCCACAGAAAUAGAGAACAUUGUAAAAGAAAAGAUGGAGCAACAUUCAGAAACGAGCGAAAGAUUGAAAGAGUGGCGGACGUCGGGUGAUGGCUGCUCAGGAGAUGAGGCUUCGUCACCCCUGCCAACAGCUGCUGGCAUUUUGAACCCAGAACUACCACUGUCAGACGAUGGAGACCUUGGGGCCUCGGCAUUACCUGAUUCCUUUAAUGUACAAGAUUCUAGUCCAGGAGAUAGUGAUAUGACCAAGGAGCAACGAGAAAUGCGUAAGCGACAGUUUGUAAUUGCCGAACUCGUUGAAACGGAACGGCUUUAUGUUAGAGACUUGGCAGAUGUCGUAGAGGGUUAUAUCACGGAAAUGCGCAAUCCUGACUCAGAAAUGAAGAUGCCAGAUGACCUCAAGGAUGGAAAGGACAAGAUGGUGUUUGGGAACCUUGAGGCUAUUUAUGAAUGGCAUAGAGAUUUCUUCAUGAAGAAUAUUGAACGCUGCUUAGAACACCCAGAAGAAAUUGGGCCCGCAUUUCAACGAAGUGAAAAGAGGCUUCAAAUAUAUGUUAAAUACUGCCAAAACAAACCGACUUCAGAAUAUAUUGUCUCAGAACAUUCAAGUUACUUUGAAGAGCUGAGACAAAAGUUAGGACAUAAGCUGCAACUCCCUGAUCUCCUGAUCAAGCCAGUUCAGCGGUUAAUGAAGUACCAGCUCCUCUUGAGGGACAUCCACAAGCACACCGAGAGAGCAGGCCUCCACCAGGAGGCAGAGGCCAUCAAGAAGGCUCUGAACAUUAUGAUUGUUGUGCCAAAAGCAGCCAAUGACAUGAUGAAUGUAGGGAGAUUACAGGGCUUUGAUGGAAAGAUCAUGGCACAAGGCAAACUCCUGUUAUAUGGACCCCUGAUGUCUUGUGAGGGCGCCUCUGCUCACAAUUUCCGAGGAAAAGAACUCAUGGUGUUUUUGUUUGAGCAGUCCAUUAUAUUCUCAGAGAGUGGACGCAAGAAGAACCAAUUCACAAAUCCAGUAUAUGCAUACAAGAGUCAUUUACAGGUCAACAAAAUGAGUUUAGUGGAGAAGGCCGACGACGGUGACCCCCUCAAGUUCACGUUGCAGUCUACUGACCCGAGAAAACCCCAUUUGGCAUUUGUGUGCCAGGGAGCCUCUGAAGAUAACAGAAACCAAUGGGUCUCACAGAUCCGACACCUCCUCCAGACGCAGAAGGACUUCCUCAAGGCUAUUCAGUCCCCCAUUGCAUAUCAGAAGGAGCAGACAAAGAAUGUGAUGGAUCACUUGGGACACAGCAGCAUGAACUCAUCACUUCGCAAGACUUUCAGCCAACCAGCAGCCAUGCAACGUACUGUGGCAUCAAAAAAGAAAGCAAAUACUAUUGAUAUUCCAUCAAGAGGAAUGCCUAGCAGUAGUCCUAGUUCCUCUACCGUCACAUCGCCUCAGAGUUCCAAACCUCCGCCACCUCCUCCUCCCCCUCUUCCUCCGGCAAUGCAUGCUGGAGUUCCGAGGGUUCCCUCUCACAUCCCACUCAGGAAGCAAGGAUCUGCUGACAAGCUUGACGUACCUUCUAGUCCCCCUAAAGUUAGAAAGAAUUUCUUUGAUGGCUUCCGUAACACGCUUCGGCCAAGAGUAAAGGCCGAAGGAGUGGGGAAGGGCCAAGGCGAUGAUGUAUGUGAAGGUUCGGAGUCAGGCGUGACAUCCCCGAGACAGGAGAGCAAAGACGAUGGAUACCCCAGACGAUGGUCUGAGUCUGGAUCUCCCACAAAGUCGGGUGAAUGGAGUGUGUCUCUACCACCGGGAACGUUGGUGAAGGUCCUGGCAGACUUCACGGCCUUGAGGGAGGAUGAAAUCUCAGUCAACAGAGGAGAAGUUAUACAGGUGAUUUCAUCAAACGCUCUUCGUGGCUACCUGGUUCACAGAGCAGCCACCAGCAACAGUCCAGCAGCUGAGGGUUGGGUUGCUGCCAAUGUCCUUCUUCCUUCAGCACACCCCGAUGCGCAGAUGACCCCUCCAGCAUCACCCACGCACGUCCCUGCCCAGUACGAGCCUCUAGGCAAAAGACAGUGGAUGAAGUUCCGGAAACCAUCCUUUUCUAAGAGAGAUUCCAAAGAUUCCCAUCCUCCCCCACUCAGACGAGAGGAGACAGUCCAUGAACUCCCAAGCAUGCGGUCCCUCACAUCUCGGCCUCCGUUGCCCACCCGUCAGAUGACAGUGUCGCUCAUUAAUCCUUAUCAUGCGGAUAACAGUAGUGAUGUUAAUAAUCGUGUAUCAGCUCGAGAUAAACCUCCUAGUGGAUGUGUGCCAGCAUCACCAGAAUCUCCAGUCAGAAUAAUAUCGCCUCUACGAAAUGUGACUGUUUGUCCUGGGGAACCUGCAGAAAUGGUGUGCACAAUCACUGGUGCUGGUCUCUGGGCUGAAUCAACCACAGUGGCUUGGGCUGGCCCGCAUGGGCCGUUGGUUGACCCACGCUUUGAGAUGGAGCAGCACCGAGAUGGAACUCUGAGGCUCCAUGUUGGAAGUUGUCGCGUUACAGAUGCUGGUGAAUACACCUGCACCAUCACCUGUGGAGGGUAUUCCAUCGCCUGUUCAGCCCGCAUCAAUCUGUCCCAGGGUAAGGACCAUAGCUAUUCUAACGGCCAUUCCUAGAAAUAGGAGUACUGGAUUUGUGCUGGUGUUGGCUGAAUUGACUGUAUCUUGGAACUCACCAUUUUAUUUCAAUAAAAUCUAAAAUUUCCUCCAGAACCAGCAAUCAUGCAGAUGGUGUUCAAGAAA